AUGGUUGCUGACCUUAUAUCUGAGACUGGACAAUGGUUGUGGCCUGAUGCUUGGUAUGAUAUUUAUCCAGUCCUUAUAAAUGUUGAUAUCCCUCAACUUAUAGCGGAUGUGGAAGAUCGGUUCGGCUGGAAAGAUUUGGAAGGCAAAAUUCAGCACUUUGGAUCUUGGGAGGUUUGGAACAAUUUGCGGUAUAGAGAUGAUAAGGUUACUUGGGCUAAUGCGGUGUGGUUUUCUCAAUGCAUUCCUCGUCACUCUUUUCAUCUAUGGCUAGUUAUCAAGGAUAAACACAAGACACAAGAUAGGAUGUCGGUGUGGGAAGCGGGCAGUGCUACUAAUUUACAGCUCAUGUGCUGUCCUUUAUGCAAGUACGAUCGUGAUUCUAGAGACCAUCUAUUUUUCCAAUGCCCUUAUGCGUCUGAGGUAUGGGGUCUGGUUAGAAACAUGGUAGAUAUGGGGAAUGUAACGAACACCUGGUCAUCGAUCAUGCAAUGGAUGGAGACCAAUACAAACUCAAGAACUCUGGAGCAUAUUAUUUGCAAAAUCAUGGUAGCGGCGUCCAUGUAUUAUAUAUGGCAGGAACGGAACAAUCGCUUAUUCUCUCCUCUUCAACGAAGUGCUGAGGCUCUCUCAAAAACUAUCACUGAUACGGUUCGGCUUAGGAUUAUGGGUCUCAAGAUUGGUGGGCAACCGAAUUAUAAGAAGAUAAUGGAAAGGUGGCUGAUCUCGAAGAAUUUGGAGAUAGAUCCGGGUUAA